GGCGUCGGCGUCAUGGCGGCCUCCACGCUGGGCUCGGCCUGGGGCCCGCUAUGGCUCCGCGUUCCCGGCCUCUGUUGCUGCCGGCCGCUCCGGGACCCGUGGGCGCGCGCACGGCGGCUUCCGGAGCCCGCGGGGUCCGGACGGAGCGUGGCCGCGGUCAGCGGGCCUGGCGCCUCGGGUACUGACCGCUACUGCUUGGAGCUGCUGCGGAAACGAGAUUAUGAAGGCUAUUUAUGCUCCCUGCUGCUCCCUGCAGAAUCCAGAAGCUCUGCUUUUGCGCUGAGAGCCUUCAAUGUGGAACUGGCUCAGGUUAAGGACUCCGUCUCUGAGAAAACAAUUGGACUGAUGCGAAUGCAGUUUUGGAAAAAAACUGUGGAUGAUAUAUACCGUGACAGUCCACCACAUCAGCCUGUGGCCAUUGAACUAUGGAAGGCUGUCAAAAGACAUAAUCUGACUAAAAGAUGGCUUAUGAAAAUCAUUGAUGAAAGAGAAAAAAAUUUGGAUGACAAAGCAUAUCAUAAUAUCCAGGAACUGGAAAAUUAUGCUGAAAACACACAGAGCUCUCUUCUUUAUCUAACACUAGAAAUACUGGGUAUAAAGGAUCUGCAUGCAGAUCAUGCCGCAAGUCACAUUGGAAAAGCACAAGGCAUUGUCACUUGCUUGAGAGCAACGCCCUAUCAUGGUAGCAGAAGAAGAGUGUUCCUUCCCAUGGAUAUUUGUAUGCUGCAUGGUGUUUCACAAGAGGAUUUUCUACGGAAGAGCCAAGAUAAAAAUGUGAGAGAUGUGGUAUAUGACGUUGCUAGCCAGGCACACUCGCACCUAAAGCACGCUAGGUCCUUCCACAAAAGUGUUCCUGUGAAAGCAUUUCCUGCUUUUCUUCAGACAGUUGCUCUGGAGGACUAUUUAAGGAAAAUUCAGCAAGUGGAUUUUGAUAUAUUCCAUCCAUCUUUACAGCAGAAGAAUACUUUACUUCCAUUAUCUUUGUAUAUUCGGUCAUGGAGAAAAAGAUAUUAAAAUAAUUUCAUGGCACUGAUAUUUACUUUUAUUAGUUUUAGAAAAGUUUACUUGUUUAGGGUUCUUGUUUACAGACAACAGGAACUGUUUAAGGAGAAAAUUAACUUACUGGAUGAGUGCAUAGGUCAUAGAAUUGAUGAGAAGUUGCUUUGAGGCCACAGUGCCAAGAUUCUGCCACAGGCACCGCCCUUGUCACCAGCAGCCCAGACAGUGUCUGCUGUGCCAUCCUGGUAGAGUCGGAGCCCCAGGACAGAGCAUUGUUUUAGCUGUGCUUAGGCUGCAGGCCAGGCUUCAGCCAUCAGAGGGCAGGGGGAAGGUAUGUCUCCUCCAUUCUUCACCCUUAGAAAAGCAUGGGGAAGGGGCUCAAGUAGUACUAGGUUUGCAUGCUGAGCAGCCAAAACCCAUGUGUCGAGGGCAGCUGGGAAAUGCGUUUAUUUAGAGAUCGUGAAGAGUGAAGUUAGUAUUUGAGGAGUGUCGGUCGCUAUGCUGAGGGCCUUAUUAUAUCUCUAACAUUUAAUCUUACCACCCUGUGACAAUUUGUCCAUGAUGAUAAAAUAACUUCGUUAAACUAACAAAAUUGUAUUGAACAUUUAUUAAGGGGAUACUACGUUUUUGGAAACUAAUAUACUAGUUGAGCUUCCCAGUAAAAAUCUCUGUGCUGUAUACUUUCAUCAGUGUUCUCAUCUGAUCUUCAAAACUGUAUGAAACAAGGAACGUUUCUGGUAAUUAAAAAUUUUUAAUUAUAAAAUACAUACUAAUUGCAAAAAACGCAAUUGUUUGCAUUGCUGGUAGUUGGCAGAUCUGGACGCUGAAUGAGUCUCUGACUCCGAAGACUAGAAUUAUGCCCUAGUUUCCUUUUCCUGUCUUUUUUAGUGAUCUUGUCUCCUGUCCACUCUCACCUCUAUUGUACCAUUUCUCUGUCCCAUCUCAGGCCGUUGGUUUCUGCUAUGAAUUAGUGUCUCCUUCAAUUGUGAAUUACUGAUGGCUUAAAAUAUUACAUUUUUGCAGAUAAAACCGAAACUGAGAGCUGCUUGAGGGCAAGAAUAUGUUGUUUUAUUCUUCUUGGGAUUCCGCCAGCACCUAGUAUGGCUUCUGAUUUAGAGCAAGUGGAGAUUAAUAAGUGUAUAAAUGAAUGAUCAUAUAAUGCAGUUGUUUACAUUCGUGUACUUUUGGUUUUUACUGAUGCUGAAAGAAUAUUCUCUUAUUUAAUCCUGUGGCUUUAGAGAGAUAAAGCUUAUCUAAAAGAGGAAAAUCCAAGGAAAUGGGACACAUUUCCCCUUGGGAUUCUGAAUGGUCCAGAGUGGAAAAGUUCAUUAGAGAUAGUCUUUUUUAUUAGUAAGCAUGGUCUGUGGGUCUUACUAGGUUAAAUCUGACAGCAACCAGCUGCUGAGCAUCUUAGUUCCUGUCCAAGAGGGGUUAAAAAGAAGGGUUUAAGCACUCAACUGGAUUUUUUACUGGCUCAAAAGCCAAUUUACUAUAAUUUCAAAAUACUUUCUAAGCCAUUUUAAAUUUGAUGCUUAGAGAUUUGGAUGAACUAAAGUUUUCAGUCUCGUAGAGAUUAAGAUAGGGUCUUAUUCAGUGACCUUUACUGUACUAUUAAUUUCCUGGCAUAAAAGAUACUCCCCUAGAUGGUGCCAACAUUGUUUUUCAUUUUUCAGAUCUUUUUUUAUUAGCGCAUUUAAAGGAGUCAGAUACAUUUUCCAUUUUGGGUGGGGGAAGGUGUUUGGGUGCAUUGGGUCUUUGGUGCUGCACGUGGGCUUUCUGUAGUUGUGGCAGGCGGGGGCUACUCUUCGUUGUGGUGCACUGGCUUCUCAUUGCGGUGACUUCUGUUGUGGAGCGUGGGCUCUAGGCAUGCAGUCUUCAGUAGUUGCAGCACACGGGCUCAGGUGGUUGUGGCGUGCGGGCUCUAGGGUGCACUGGCUAAAGUAAUUGUGGUGCACAGGCUUCGUGGUUGUGGCUUGCGGGCUCUAGAGCGCAGGCUCAGUAGUUGUGGCACAGGCUUAGUUGCUCUGCUGCAUGUGGGAUCUUCCUGGACCAGGGAUCAAAUCCGUGUCCCCUGCAUUGGCAGGCGGAUUCUUAACCACUGCGCCACCAGGGAAGGCCCAAAGGAAUCAGAUACAUUUUCAAACCAUUUAAGAUGUAUUUUGCUAUUGAAUAGGUGGAGAGCAACAGAUAACAAAUGUUAAGUGUUAGUCUCAAUGUAGAUAAAGUUGCUUAUCGUAAAAUACAUUUGAGUAGUUCCCAGUUAGCUGGCAUUAUUUUUUCUCUCCUUUUGAUUAAAUCUCUCCUUUUGAUGAAAUUAAAUUAUUCUUGAGAAAUACAACAGCAGUUAACACUUAGCAUGAACUUGGAUAGGUGAUGUGCUCUGUGCUCCUAUGCUUUAAUAUUCACAGAGAAGUACGUCUUUAUUUCCAAAGGAUAAAACUGCCUCAGUUCAAGGUCACACAGCCAUUAGAACUAGAGCUGGAUGCCAAACCCACAUUAGUUCAAUGCCAAAGCCCAUAACCCAUAUAUAUUUUUUUACCACUCUUGAGAUUGUAAAAUAAACAGCCAAGUUUAAAAGCUCAAGGGCACAACUUUUUUCCAGAAAUAAGUAUUACUGCAUCAAUUUAGGUACAAAUUAGGUUAAAAAGUAUAAUUACUACAUAAAUUCCAGCUACAAAUUAGAGAAGUAAAUAGGCAGCUGAAAUAGAUAUUAAGUGCUAGUCACUGGGUAUAUACAGGAGGGACACAUAACCACUUUGGAGGUCAAAGGUUUCCCAGAGCAGCGAGCAUGUGAAGAGUUUCAGGAAGGUUGGGUAGGAGGCAGGGUUUGGGGAGGGGGGUGCAGAUGUUGUGGGAGGUCCUGGCUGAGGAAACAGUAGGAACAAAGGCCAGGAGGCAGAACCAAUAGCCUCUAUCAAGACUCUCAACUUCUUAGCUUCAACUUACUUAAGUAAAAAGAAUAUAAUGUAAUGUCCAGAGUUCUUUGGAAAGUUGUGAAUAAAAAGUGGCCACAUCUCCUGGUCUAGUAAACGUUUUGAAUUAAGAUCACUGGCUUGGGAGUUUAUAUUUUGCCUGUUUCACCAAAGGCCUAAGUGUCCUUGGAUUUGUUUUAGCUCAUAUAAAUAGGACUUCUCUGAAGACAUGGCUUGAUCGAUUGCCUUGUCCAAAAAGAUCCACAGAGUUGUAAACAUUACGCUGGCAGUUACUGAAAACAAAACAAAACAUUAUCCUACUGUUGGGAGGACAAAUAAACCACAUACACCCAAAAUUGGGAAGGAUGUUGGAGGUGGACUGGAAGGAAGGGAGAGAGAUGGGAGUGAUUGUGAAAUACCUUAAGUAACUUGAACACUUAACUCUACCUGCUUUUUCCUAUAAUGAACAUGUAUUUCUUGGGGUAUAACUGCAAAUUCUUUCUAAAGAAUUAGGACCUUCAAAUGAGAAAGAUGGUGAUAAGCAAAGAAUAUGAUGAAGUUCAUGGAAUGGUGAACAGAUAGAUUGACAGACUUUUACAUCAAGUCUGUUUAUACCAAUUAAAAGAGUUUGUUCGACAACAAAAAGGAAUAUUUGGUACAUUACUGAAUACGUAACUUAUGUAGUAUAAGCUGAAUAAAGGAAUUUGGAAAGUUUGGAUACAGAGCAGUACUAUGAAGUACUUCUUUUAAGAGUGUGGGCUCUGAAGGAGCCUGACUGGGUUCAAGUCCCAGUUUCACCACCCUAAUAGCUGUGUAACCUCAGCAAGCUACGAGAACCCUCCCGUGCCUCAGUUGUUCCAUUUGUAAAGUGGGCAAAAUCAUAAUAUCAACCUCAACAGUUGCUGGGAGGAGUGAGUUAAUACAUGUAAAGUGCCUGGAAGAGGAACCUACAUGUAGUAAACAUUAAACAGUAUUGUUAAUCUUAGCAUACAGAAGUCACAAACUGGCAGCCUGAACCAAAUCAGGCCUGCAGGCAUAUUUUGUUUUUCAGGCAUUUGAAAAAGAGUGAGAAACUGACUGUCUUUAGAUAGAACAAGUAUUCUCCAUUUGGCUACAGGUCUCAGCGUGAGGUAUUAUCUCACAGCCAACCUGAUUCAUAAAUUCAUGUUACGUGCUUACUCUGUAAGCACUCAAGUUUGCAAGCGGUGGUUUAGGAGAAUUUGUGGAUGAUGGGUAAAUAACAAGUGAUUGCCAACUGGAGGCUAGUUUCACUAAGCAUAGCCAUGCUUUCUCCCCGAAAACCAACUGUAUUUUAACUAUUGUUUACACAUGUGUCCCUCACUCAGAGUUCCUUUGAGUGCAAGACAAUGUUCUGUUCAUCUUUGUGUCCCCAGAACCUAUCAUAGAUCCUGAUGCUGCUCCGUAAACCUUUGUGGUCUGAAUCCACAAGCUGUAGUAUAAGGCGAGUAGUGGGCUCCGAGGAAACAUUAAUGGGUUGGGGCUGAUGUGUGCAGGACCUAUCAGCCUGGGAGGUCAUGUCAGAGGUGUGGUGGGUAGACUGUAUAUGGUGUUCAGACAACUAGAUUGUCAGGUGCAACUGGAAAGCAGAGUGUGAGGAGGGAAAAGUAAGGCUGGAGAGAUAAAUCAUAGACACGUUAAGGUGUUUGGAUUUGAAGAAUGGCACGAGAUUUGGAAAUAAAUUACAAAUGGUCCAUAAUACGUACAUUUUGUAUAUAUGCUCAUGAAUAUUAUUUGCAUUAUUUCUAGUGUAAUCAUAUCUUUGAUAAGCAUACCUUUUGGGUCAGAUAUGAGAUAGAAUAUUUUUAUUCUUUUUUUUUUGUUUGUUUGUUUUUUUGUUUUUUUGGCACACGGGCUUAGUUGCUCCGUGGCAUGUGGGAUCUUCCUGGAGCAGGGAUCGAACCCAUGUCCUCUGCAUUGGCAGGCGGAUUCUUAACCACUGCGCCACCUAGGAAGCCCAUUUAUUCUUAUUUGUUAAGUGUGUGGGUUGACUUUUUAUUACCCUGUACAAAUACUGUUUUCCUUUGAGUCACUCUUCUCUCAUUAAGCAGUCCUGCCUUGGUGUUCUGUGUGUUUUCCUUUUUAUUUUUAAUCACGAUUAAUCGUCCCAGCUGCUUAGUUAUGUAAUAAUAUCCUGUGUGUUUAAAAAAGACCUACAGAUUGAAUUUCUCAGAGAGCAAAUUUUAGAGCUUUUUAAAACCACAAGAUCUCUUUUAUGGGUACUACAAAGAUUCCUUAGAACUCAACAUUAAUGGUUUGAGAAGCUAUUUUUACUAUAUUUUACAUUUGUUUCUUGUUGCAGUGGUUUUAUCCUGUGUUAAUCUUCUAAGUGGACUAAUAAGCUGAGAAAAUUCUCACUCAGUCAACAUAAAGACAUCUCCUCCACUCCCUUCUUAUAAGCUAUUCCAUGUGGUCGUUGAAUUAGAUCUGUUUGAAUCUUGGUUUGAGGGAGUGUAUAAUACUCUCUUUACUGAAAGAUCAUUUUCUAAAAUUAAUGUAUUUAUUUUCUUCUUAUGCAAGUAACUUACAUGUGCUCAUUGCAAAAAUCUUAGGGAAAAAAUAAACACAAAAGCAUAAAGGAAAGACAUUUUUAAAAUCAACUAUAAUUUUACCGGGUAAGAGAUAACCACCAUUAACAUUUUAGUCUAUGUCCUUCCAGUUUUUUCCUUGGUAUGCAUAUAAUAUACAAAAUUGGUGUAUUCUGUAUAGUGUUUUUUAGUCUGCAUUUUAGCUUAGUAAUACAAUUUGAAAAAGAUCAUAUUGGAAAAAUAGUUUUUAUUCUAUAGAACAUUAUUUUCAUUUAGUGGGAAAUGUUAUCUCUCUUAUUUUGCAACUGUAAUCCAAAUGUACCUAAGGCCUCCAGAUUAUCUGGUAAUAUAAUAUAAUCUGGUAGUUUGAAGAGAUGUUUGCGGUGGAUGGAACCAUGUGGCUAUAGCAGAUGUCUACCACCUACUGUUUUAUGAACCAGCAUAUCUCUCAUUUCUGAAAUAAUUUGAGCUGGAGCUGGGGAAACAGACACACAGAUGGCAAGAGAUGUGAGUCUCAAGAACCACUUGUGGCUGUGUUUUCAGCCAUAGGGAAAUCUGAGAAAUGAAAUUCCUAUUUAGAAAGAAGUAGAAAUAAAAGAGAGUGGAAGAGGAAGUCCUAAAGACAUCUAAUUCAUGGUACCAUUGUCUCUGAUUUCCACUGGCACCCCUUGUCCUGCAAGCAGUUUGGUUUUAUGGGCCUUCCAGGAAAUUCCUCCCUUUUGCUUAAGCAAGUUUGAGUUGAAUUUCUGUCACUCAUAACCAGAGCAAUCUGGUCAGUUGAGAGGCUGAGAACUUGAAGAAAUGAAAUGUAUGUGUAUAUAUCCUUUGCUGAAUAACAGGCUCAAAUUUCAUCUUGCUGCUGGGUGACAGUAGUGAUCAAAUGUGUGCUUAUGAGUUUAUGUUUGUGUGCCCAGAGAAGGUAAAUGACAAACUUUUAUCAGAACCACUGUGCAUGUGCCUUAGUUAAUGUAAGAAAUUGCCUAGAGACAUGGAUGGACCUAGAGACUGUCAUACAGAGUGAAGUAAAUCAGAAAGAGAAAAAUGGAUAUUGUAUAUUAAUGCAUAUAUGCGGUAUCUAGAAAAAUGGUAAGGAUCAACUGGUUUGCAAGGCAGAAAUAGAGACACAGAUGUAGAGAGCAAACAUAUGGACACCAAGCGGAGAGGUGGUGGUGGGGGGGUUGGUGUGGGAUGAUUGGGAUUGCCAUAUAUACAUUACUAAUAAGAAAAAAAUACCAAAACUGUACACUUUAAAUAGAUGCAGUUUAUUGUAUGUCAAUUAUACCUCAAUAAAAGUUCUUAAAAAAAUAAAAUGUAAGGGAACACAGUGGAAAAAGAAAAGAGAAAUUGCCUAUAGAAGUGAAAUAUAAACAGUACUGGUCAGUUAGGAAAAAGAAUUUAGGCUUAAAUUGGGGAGCUUCCAAUAAGCCAUUAUUUGGACCAACCUUUUGUGAAAACAUCUGUGAAUGUGAAAGUAUCUUCUCUGUAUAUCCAGAUUUUCAUAACUUUGGUUUAUUUAAAGUGAGUGCCUCCCCUGCCUUGAUUUGCUGUGCUCCAUUUAGGCAAGGAAGAAAGGAGUUAUCAGUUACAGCAGAUGCAGCCAGCAUCAUUCCCAAAGAACGUGAAAUAAAUUUUAUUUGAAAUCUUUGCUUUUGAUAAAAUAACUCCAAAACCCCCCAACAUUUAUAUCUAGAUAUUUAAAGUAUCAGUAGAUCUGAUUAGUGGAUUUUUUGAAAUGUGAAAUUUGGAUAUAACCUUAUCUUUGCAUACGUUCUGUGAGCAAUUGAAAAGGAUAUGUAUUCUGCUGUUGUUAGGUGAAGUGUUAUAAAUGUCAGUUAAAUCCUGUUGCUUGAUGAUGUUCUGUAUCCUUGCUGACUCCAUGUCUAUUUGUUCUAUCAAUAGUUGAGAGAGGGAGGGCCUUCUCUGGUGGUCCAGUGAUUAAAAGACUCCAUGCUCCCAAUGCAGAGGGCCCGGGUUCGACCCCUGGUUGGGGAACUAAGAUCCCACAUACAGCAACUAAGCCCAUGCACUGCAACUAGAGAAGCGUGCGUGCUGCGACAAAGAUCCAGCAUUUGCAGCCAAAAUAAAGUAAAUAAGUACAUAAAAAUAAAUACAUGAUUGAAUCUAUGUAAAAAAGUUGAGCGAGGGAUGUUGAAUUCUUCAACUAUAAUUGUGUAUUUGUCUAUUUCUUUUAAUUCUGUCAGCUUUUGCUUCACAUAUCUUGUAGCUCUGUUGUUUAGUGCCUCCAUCAUAUUUAGUAUUGAUAUGUCUCCUUGGUGAAUUAAUCCUUUUGUCAUUAUUUCAUGUCCCUCUGAAUCCCUGGCAAAUUUCUUUGCUCUUAAGUAUACUUUAUUGAUAUUAUUUUAGCCACUUCUGCUUUCUUUUGAUUAACGUUUGGAUGAUAUGUCUUUUUCUAUCCUUUUACUUUCAACCUAUCUAUAUAGUCAUAUUUAAGUGAAUUUAUUUUUCUUUUUUUUUAAAUUAAUUAAUUUAUUGGCUGAAUUAGGUCUUUGUUGCUGCACGUGGGCUUUCUUUAGUUGCAGUUAGUGGGGGCUACUCUUUGUUGCAGUGUUCGAGCUUCUCACUGUGGUGGCUUCUCAUUGCGGAGCACGGGCUUUAGGCAUGCAGGCCUCAGUAGCUGCAGCACAUGGGCUCAGUAGUUGUGGCUCAUGGGCUUAGUUGCUCCACGGGAUGUGAGAUCUUCCUGGCCCAGGGCUCAAACCCAUGUCCCCUGCAUUGGCAGGCGGAUUCUUAACCACUGUGCCACCAGGGAAGUCCUAAGUGAGUUUCUUGCAGACAGCAUUCAGUUGGGUCAUAUUUUCUAAUCCAUUUUGCCAACCUCUGUCUUUCAGUUGGUAUAUUUAGAUUGUUUAUGUUUAGUGUAAUUAUUGAUGUUAGAACUUAAGUCUGCCAUUUUCUGUUUGUUCUGUUUCUUAUUCUUCUGUUUCAUUUUUCUUGCUUUUUUUAUGGAUUACCUGAACAUUUUUUUGAAUUCUAUUUUUAUUUUUCUAUGCUUUUAUUUUAAUGUUUAAUAUUUUAUUUAUUUAUUUAUUUAUUUAUUUAUUUAUUUUUGGCUGCAUCAGGUCUUAGUUGCGGCAUGCAGGCUCUUCAUUGCAGUGUGUGGGCUUCUCUCUAGUUGUGGCACAGGCUUCAGAGUAUGAGGACUGUUUGUUGUGGUGCACAGGCUCUCUAGUUGUGGCACACGAGCUCCAGAGUGCAUGGGCUCAGUAGUUGAGGCACACAGGCUUAGUUGCCCCGCAGCAUGUGGGGUCUUAGUUCGCCAGCUAGGAAUUGAACCCACUUCCCCAGCACUGGAAGGUGGAUUCUUACCACUGGACCACCAGGGAAGUCCCUAAUAUUAAUUUUAUAAUUAUAUUAAUCUGUACAUUCUCCUAUGGCUGUAGUGUUUUUGAGUGUAUCUCUUUGUAGCUUUUUUAGUAGUUGCUCCAGGUAUUACUUUACAUAUCUUUAAUUUAUUACAGUCUAAUGGUGUCAGUAUGUUAUCAGUUCAAGUCAAGUGUAGAAACCUUGUCUCCCUUUACAUUUCUUUGCCUUCUCCUGCUUAUAACUGUCUUAAAUAUUUCCUCUACAUAUAUUUAGAACCACAUCACACAGUGUUACAAUUUUUGUUUUAGUGAUCAAACAUAAUGUAGAAAACUUAAGAGGAGAAGGAAACAUAUUUACUCAUAUUUUUUACUCUUUCUAUGCUAUCUUCCUUUUUUUGGUAUUCCAGGAUUGCUUCCGUCUCCAUUUCCUUUCUGUUUAGAGAACUUCCUUUAGCUAUUUUCUUAAGGUAAGUCUGCUGAUGAUGAAUUUUCUUAGUUUUUCUUCAGCUGAUGUCUUGAUUUCUCCUUCAUUCUUGACGGAUAGUUUCACUGAAUAUAGAUUUAUGGGUUGGCAGUUCUUUUAUUUCAGCACUUCAAAGCUGUUAUGCUACUCCCUUCUGGCUUCUGUGGUUUCGAAUGAGAAAUCCGCUAUUAUUGAAGUUGUUUCUCUUCUUUAUAUAAGGUAUUGUUUCUCUCGGCUUUCAAGAUUUUUUUGUCUUUAGGGGUUUUUGUUGUUUUUGUUCAAAUUUUAUUAUUAUAUUCAGUGGCAUAAAAUUACAUUAAAUAUAAGAAGAAAUACUGUGUUUAGUUUUGAGAAGUUUAACUUGGUAUGGGAUUUCUUUGGGGUUUAUCCUGUUUGUGAUUUACUUAUAUCUUGUGAUUUACUUACAAUCUGUAGGCUUAUGUCUUUUGCCAGGUUUGGAAAAUUUUCAGUCAUUAUUUCUUCAAGUAAUUUUUCAGCCUUGCUCUCUUUAUCCUCUCCUACUGGGAUUCAGACAACAUAAAUCUUAGACUUUUGCUGUGGACCCAUAGAUCCCUGAGGCUAUGUUCAUUUUUAAUUUUUUUCCCAGUCUAUUUUCUCUGUAUUGUUCAAAUUGGGCAAUUGCUAUUGCUCUAUAUUCCAGUUCACAGAUUUUUUUUUCCCUCUGACCCCUCCAUUCUGCUGUUGAGCCAUCCACUGAAUUUUUAACUUUAGUUGUAUUUUUCAGUUCUUAAAUGUCUACUUGUUCUUCUUUACAUCUUCUGUUUCUGUGCUGAGACUUCCCAUUUCUUUGCUCACAUUUUCUAUUUUUUUCAUGUUUGAAGCACAUUCAUAAUUGCUUGUUGAAGCAUUGCUGAGACAGCUGCUUCAGAAUCUUUGUCAGAUAAUUGUAAUAUCUCUCUCAUUUUAGUGUUGGCCACUACUGGUGAUCUGUCUUCUUUCAAGUUUAGAUUUUCCUGAUUCUUGGUGUGUUGAGUAAUUUUCAGUUGAAAUCUGGACAUUUUGGAUAUUAUCAGUAUGUUAUGAGACUCUGGAUCUGACUUAAACUUUCUGUUUUAACUGGCUCUUCUGAUUCCUGCCAGAGGAAGGGAGGGGCACUACCUUGUUACUUCCAGGUUGGAGUAGAAGUCCAGAUUCACCACUUGACCUCUGUUGACACUGGAGAGGAAAGGGCUCCUAGUUACUGCUGGGCAGGGAUGGAUCCACCAAUACAUAUUGCUCUGGCUGGGAGGGGAAGGACUGCCUUGUUACUGCUCCCCAUGUGGCCACUACUGACACCAUAGGAAGAUGGCCUCAUUAUCUCUGGGCAGUGGUGAAAAUCCUGACUCCACUCGGCCUCCUUUGACACCAGCCCAGCGGGGACAGAGAGGGGUGCCUUGUUACUGCUGCCGUGGGUAGAGUUCAGAUGCCUCUCUCCACUGACACAUAGGGGCAGGCCCCAUUACUGUCAGGUGGGGAUAAAAGUCCAGCUCCCUAUGGGCUUCUCUAAUACCAUCUCAGUGUGUGCGUAUGGGGGGUGGGGAGGUGCAGUUGGGGUCCUUUGAUAUAGCCCACUGAGCAGGAAGUCUAGGCUCCCACUCCCUCUUUGCUGGUGUGGGUGGGAGUGGAGCCACCAUUUUUUCUGUGGCUUUUGGCUGGAAUAAGUGGUUACUGUUUAAAAGUUUUUACUCUUGGUAGGCUGCCCCUUUCCUGGUCUUUUGAUUUUUAUUGGGGACUGUUUGUUUCCUCCUUUUGGCAUUUCUCGGAUGCCAGUUUUUCAGCUCCAAGUCUGGGAACCAUGAAGCUAAAAGAUAACCCAGGGAACUUAUCACCAGGUUGUGCCUCAGAUCCCAAAUUCCCUAGCCUCUCUGUCUUCUCUCCACCUUUCAGAGUCUUCUUAUGCCUUAUAUACGAUGUCCAGGGUUUUAAGUUGUAACUAGUGGGGACAACAGGGAAAAAGUACAUCUACUCCAUCUUCCUGGAAACAGAAUUCAAGAUAUAAUUUUAAAAUAUUAGUCGGCUGCAUGUUUUUGAAAUAGUACAGAGAUCUAUUUAUCACUGUUAUGUUAACUCCCCCCCACUAGAACUGUGGCACAUGGUAGGAACCUAGUAAUACUCAGUGACUGAAUCUCUGCUUCAGCAAUGAGAAAACUUAGGGACUUAAGUAAUUUCUUCUUCUUCAGCUGGUAAUGGGAAGAACUAGGAUUUGAACUUGGUCAGUCUGGUCCUAAAGCCUGAGCUCUCAGAAGCAUCACUGGGGCGCUCAUGAAAUUCAAGGCCUCUUUUGUUCUUUAGGAGAGGGAGCCCCCCACUUGAGACAGUGACACCAUGACAUUUUUCUACUGAAUUAACAAUGUCUUUACAUUCUACAAGCAAAUGCCAGAUGUUGUCACUCUCUUUCCUUCUAUUCACUGCCAAGCUUCCUGCCUAGUGUCCUAAUUACUCCUUAAUUCCUGUGCAGAUGGGGUUCCCUCCAAAUUCUCUUCUGCAACUGCCUUUUUUUAGCCCCAGAGGCCAAAUGUAACAAUGCCUUCCCAAUUAUCACCCUUUAAAAUUUUUCUGCAGUGUUUCCUAAUGCUAUUCACCACUUCCCAAACUUCUCCCUCCUCUUGACUUCCAUGAUCCUUCACUUUUUUUUUUUUUUUUUUUUUGCUGUGCGCAGGCUUUCUUUAGUUGCAGUGAGUGGGGGGCUGCUCUUCAUUGUGGUGUGCGGGCUCUAGGCGCAUAGGCUUCAGUAGUUGCAGCACAUGAGCUCAAUAGUUGUGGCUCACAGGCUCUAAAGCGCAGGCUCAAUAGUUGUGGCGCACGGGCUUAGUUGCUCCGCGGCGUGUGGGAUCUUCCUGGAGCAGGGGUAGAACCUGUUUCCCCUGCAUUGACAGGCGGAUUCUUAACCACUGCACCACGUAGGAAGCCUGAUCCGUCACUUUCUUGAUUUGCCCUCCAUCCCACUAAUUACUUUCUGACUGAUUUUUACUCCCACCCUCUGAAUGGUAGAAUUCCUCAAGAUUCUUCCUUUCCUGUCAUUGUCCACAGUCUCAUUCUCAGAGAGCUUAUCCAAGCUCACAACCUCAACAAGCCUGGUAAAUACACUCAUUCAUUCAGUGUUCAUUUAUUAAGCACCUGCUGUGUACCUGGCAUUGUUCUAUAGCAGGGAACAAGGUAAAUAAGGUCAUUAUCCUCAUGGAGUUUAUAUUCUAGGGGAAGACGCAGAGAGCAAAAAAACAGCAACAAUAAAUCAGUUAGUUAUGGAGCCAUAUGACAUUUCAACAAUAUCAAUCAAACUUAUAAACUUCCAUGUACAUAAUCUCAAUUAUCUGUUAAUUCUAAAAUUACCGAGAGUGGGACUUCCCUGGUGGUGCAGUGGUUAAGAAUCCACCUGCCAAUGCAGGGGACACAGGUUCAAGCCCUGGUCCAGGAAGAUCCCACAUACCAUGGAGCAACUAAUGCCGUGUGCCACAACUACUGAGUCUGCACUCUAGAGCCUGUGAGCCACAGCUAUUGAGCCCACAUGCCACAACUCCUGAAGCCUGCAUGCCUAGAGCCUGUGCUCCGCAACAAAAGAAGCCACUGCAAUGAGAAGCCUGUGCACUGCAACGAAGAGUAGCCUGCACACAGCAACGAAGACCCAACUCAGCCACUAAAUAAAUAAAAUGAAAUAAAAUAAAAUAAAAUAAAAUUACCAAGAGUGCGAAUUGUGUUAUUUUCAUAAAACUAAUGCCACCACCUUAUUUUUCUGUGUCAGGUUUACUUUAAAGAUGUGUUUUAGGACUUCCUGGUGGCACAAUGGUUGAGAAUCCACCUGUCAGUGCAGGGGAUAUGGGUUCGAUCCCUGGUGCAGGAAGAUCCCACAUGCCGUGGAGCAACUUAAGCCUGUGUGCCACAACUACUGAGCCUGUGUGCUGCGUCUACUGAAGCCUGCACAUCUAGAGCCAGUACUCUGCAACAGGAAAAGCCAGCACAAUGAGAAGCCCACACACACCGCAACUAGAAAAAGCCCUUGUGCAGCAACAAAGACCCAAUACAGCCAUAAAUAAAUAAAAAUAAAAUAAAAGUGUGUUUUCACAUAGUUGGUGAUUUUUAAAAUCUGUGGAUUUAAAAAUAUUGCUAAAAAAAUAAAAUAAAAAUGUUG